AGCAACAGACGAGAAGGAAUAUUUUGAAUGUAUUUUUUUUUUUUUUUAAUUAUUUGAAACAAGCACAUUUGGGGAUCAUUUGUCGAACACCAUCCCAAAAAAGAGGAGGGGGUUAAAGGAAAACAAGACACCCCCAUUUCUCUCUAUAUAUUUAUUUAUACGCGGGGCGGACCUUUCAAGUGCACCAUUAUGUUGAACAACAUGGAUUUGAACGCGAAAGAUUCUUUUUACCCUCAGUUUGACAACUGCAACGGCUCAUCUCUGAGCAUGGAGGCCGGUGCGAGGAAGGACGACCGCCGGGACGCGUUCGGCGAAGCUGAGCGCUCGGUACCCGCGCAGUUCGGCCACGAAGGAGCCCCCGCGACCCUCAAAACCGAAGCUUCCAGCUCGGAAUACGCGUUUAACCCUUGCGAGGGCUCCAAAGACGCCUACACCCCCUCGUCGUCCUCGCUCGCCUAUUCCGGCAGCUUCUACGUGGAAGCCUCUCAGGGGGCGCCGUGUACCACCGAGACUCUUCUCAACAUGAUCACCGAGAUCGUGGGCAUAUCCACGAUGCAGCUCUCCGAGGCCCAGCAGCAACAGCAAAGCGCCAGCAGCAACAGCAACAGCAGCAGCAGCCGGGGGGCUUCCUACACGCCCCCGAUGGACAGCUCGCAUUUCGGGGACGUCAAGAGGCAAGCCUUCACUUCGUCCCCGGCGCCGGAGCCGUCCACCUCCCAGCUCGGCUUCACCAAAGCCGAGCCCAAGUCCGAGGCGGCUUCCUUCCCUGUUGUGGUCAAGAAUGAGUUCGAGAGCUACGAGUGGGGAUCUUUCUGCAAAUCCGACUGCUUGGAGAGCAGUUUCCACUCGGAGACCUUCCCUAUGUCCAACGACUUCCCGCCCGAGCAACAAAUGGACGUGAAGGAACUUUUGGACACCUUCCCGGCCAUGUGCCCCAAUCCGGACGUGGAGUUCAAAGUGGAAGGGGGCAUCAAGCAGGAGCAGUGUUUCUCCGACACCUGCUCCCAGAGCUACGCCUACAACGGUUACCUCCCCCCGCCUAUGGGCCUCACUUCUAGCCUGAAGCCAUACCCAGAAGCCCCCCCCUCCAAUCAGUGCGACUCCACCAUUUACGCCUCCCCUGCUUUGCCCAGCACCAUAGACUCCAUCCUCUACUCUUCCUUGCUGCCCGACUCCUUCGCCCAAAGUUACACCACCACCCGUGCCGCCGCCACCACUAGCACCUCGACCACCGCCACUAAGCCCCCCAGGGCCCGGAAGAGCACGGCCGCCUCCUCGCACGGCCCCCCCAAGGAGAAACCCUUCACCUGCCCCAUGGAGAGCUGCGACCGCCGCUUCUCGCGCUCAGACGAGCUCAACCGCCACAUCCGCAUCCACACGGGCCACAAGCCAUUCCAGUGCCGCAUCUGCCUGCGCAGCUUCAGCCGCAGCGACCACCUGACCACGCACACCCGGACUCACACGGGCGAGAAACCCUUCUCCUGCGACGUGUGCGGCAAGCGCUUCGCCCGCAGCGACGAGCGCAAACGGCACGGACGCGUGCACCAGAAGCAGAAGGAGAAAAUGGAGCUAAAGCCUCAAGUGACUCCCAAUGCGUGGCCCUUCGCGCUGCCCGAGGGCAUCUGAACCAGGCCCGCGCCCAUAAAUGCACGCACAUUUAAGGAUCUUUCCGUCUUGGAAGACACGACUCCGAGUCCGUUUGCUAUGGGUGGAGAAGCCGAAGAGAAAAUGGCAAAAAGUCACCCGCAGUGUCAAGAAGCUGCUGUCAAAGCCAGGCGAACAUUAAGGUGUAGCUGACGCUCGUAAGUUGUGGCGAGCCUCGCUCUCCCGUGGGCUCGGCCUGCAUGACUGCUGAUCAGCACCUCUGCAUCUGGACAGCUCCUAACUCCCAUCCUGCUGCCUCUCAUCGCCCACGGAUGGAUUGCACUUGCAGAUUUCUAUCGAGAUUUUCAACUAGAAUGUUCUAUUUUUCUCCCGUUUUAUUGGACUAUGUUGCUCAAUGCAUGUUUGAUUUUUUUCUUUGAAUACCUGGAAUAACACCUUCUCUUCCAAUCACUCCGGAGGGGGGUUAUUAAAAUGAAUGUAAGCUAAUAUAUUUAUGGUUUUUGCCAUAAAGUUGUCCAUUUGGAUCAAACUUAGUGUUUGUUUAUAUUUCAUAUCAUUUAGCCGUCAGUGUUUUUUUGUCAUUGGACUUUGUGUUGUUUAAAUUGUGAAAGAUAUAUAAUUAAUGGCAAAUAAAUAUAUUUGUAUUACUGUAUUUCCUUGUAUUUUUAUAGCUGAGUGUAUAUUUUACAUUUAUGAUAUUUGAGCCCCAUUUUCUGGGGAUAUUCUAAAAUCCUUAAUAAUGUAUCGGUUUUCGAGGGCUAUUGUUCAGUAACUCAGUAUUUUAAAUGUCACCGUUUGAUAUCAGAGACUUUUUUCAGACUUUAUCAAAUGAACGACUUUGCCAACGGGGGCUGGAUGUGCACUUGUUGAGAAAAACAAUUUUCCAUGUACAGACAAGUGUCGAAAGAAGCACAUCUAAUGAAAAUUGCUGUUUAGUAAUCAGGUAGCACACAUUGCUGCAAGGUUCGAGAAUGAAGGAAUUUUGACGUGAUGUAUCUUUUGCUUCAAAGAUGCUUAAACUUUGAAAAAAGUUGACAGUUUGGUGAAAUUGUCAUCAGAGUAUUGCAAAAAAAAAAAAAAAAAAGUAAUUUAACUCGCCUUAAGUUAUAUUAACUGUUCAAUUGUGUAUAUACACAGUUUCUACAUUCCAAUCUUGAUAUUGAUGGUGUUAUUUUUAUGAAGAUGAUGAACAAAAUAAACAUUUUCU